AUGGACUCUCUUGUCGGGGAAGUUAUUGGCACCAAUGAUAAGGAAGCUAUUGAGUUCGCGAUUGGGAUAUUAAGAGAAAGAGAUAGUUAUGAUGACUACUUCACAUCUGAGCCCUUGCCCGGUUCAAUAAUAGAGGAUAUAGCAGAGUAUAAUGCCGAAAUUUCGAAGUUAGAGCGUACUCUAAAGUCCGAAUUGACCAAGGAGAAGGGCAAUUUAUUGGAUAUACUCUUAUCAAGUAACUGGAACAGUACAUUGGCCGAAAUAUCAACCCAAAUAGAUCAAUUAUGGGAAUUACAUAGAGAUGAGGAAGAUGAAGAUGGUGGAGAUAUCAACGAGCCCAGCAAUGAUAAAACACCGAAUAGCUCUACUGAAUCUGAUGACGCAUUCCAUGAGGCCUUAGACAAACUAAGGCACUUACAUUUGACGGAACGAGACACAAGUCUCGUUCAAGUCUUGAACAACAUAGACAAAAUCAAUGAUAUUUUAGAAUUGCCAACUCUAAUAUCCACUUGUAUACGCACAGGACACUAUCAAGAAGCAUUAAUGUUGUACUCUUACAGUAAAAACUUGGAAAAGAAGUUCCCAAAUGUCGAAUUGAUAAGAAUCGUGGUCAAGAGGAUACAAGAAGUAAUUUCAACAAGGAUGUUGAAUGGACUUGUCAAACUUCUUUCAACAAACUUGACACUCAGCUCCAUGAAAAAGAUACUUUCGUAUUUGGAAGCGCUAGAUCCACUAGAUACAAAUCCCACUGCGUUACAGCAGUUGCUACUAACAAUGCGUUACAAAUUUGUCACUGAAGAAAUAGACUCCUAUCAUAUAGCAGACGACACGGGCAAAUCUGUCAAAGAGAUGCUCAUUAAGCGAAAAAUUGAAUGUGUUAGAGAGCAUGUAUAUGGAACUAUUGCAGUGUUCAAUUCUCUUUUCCAAUCAGAAACAAAAGCUAUCUACAUUCCUCUACUCAUAGUAGAUCAACAAGAUGAGCCAUCUACCACCGACUCAGCAGUAGAAACUUCGCUUCCUUUGCUAAAAUUCAUUAAUGAGUGCUCGAACUUUCUAAUUCAGCACCUCUCGCUGCAUAAACAAUAUCUUACAGAAUCGGUCUGUCUUCAACUUGUGUACUGCUCGUUUCGUCUUUGCGACGCUAAUCAAAACUUCCAUCACCUAUUCAUUAACAAACUAUUAGAAUCAUCUCUUUUCACAAAGGAAGCAUUAAACUUGGCUAUCGCCAAAAGACUAGAGCUUGCUGCCAGAUACUAA